UGGAGGAGGGUUAGGGUCUGGGAUAUGGGCAGCGUUUGAAGAAGAGGAAUGUAUCAGACAGUGGGUAAACACUGUAACUUCACACACACACAUGCCGACGCAUUACCACACACACAUAUUUUCCUGCAGCUCCCGUGGGCUUCAUUGGGAAUUCAAGACAACUUGUCUCCAUUCAGUAGCUCCUGGUCAAACAGGUUUUAAUAUCUGACGUUUCCAUGGCUCUCCUGUGCUGUGCCAUGUUGGUGCUACUGUGUGUUUUUAACAUUGCCUCAGCCACUAUUGAAGUUCACAUGGACUACGGAGGUGUUCCUCUCUGGAUUAAUCGCCUGCUAGGGGAGCCAAGUGUGAUAAGCCUGCAGGGACGGCUGGACUCAGCCUGGCUGAGAGCCAACAACCCCCAGUCCUGCCCUCAGCAGUGUGACUGCCCCCUCCAGUGGCCCACUGCACUCUACUGCGACCACAGAGGCCUGGCAGACACCCCUGACCACCUGCCGGACAGGACUCAAUACUUGUUUCUACAGGGUAACAACAUCUCGUCCCUGUCCUCCUCUUUUCUGGCCAACGUUACUGAUCUACGCUGGCUCAUCCUGGAUCACAACCAGCUGCAGAGCGACACGCUGGACCAGAUCGGGCUGCAGAACCAGACCCAGCUGUGUUACCUUUUUGCCAACCACAACCACCUGAGAUCAGUGCCCAGCGCUCUACCAGCUGGACUCAAGCAGCUGCGACUGGCCCACAACCGAAUCAGCAGCAUCAGUCCUGGAGCUUUAAAGAACCUGCACAACCUGACACUGCUGCUGCUGCAGGGAAACAAACUGCGAACCAUCACAGAGGGAGACUUUAAAGGUCUGGUCAGUCUGAACCUGCUGGACCUCAGUAGUAAUUUAUUCUCCGCUGUCCCCAGACAUCUAUCUCCUUCUGUCGAGCAGCUCUAUCUAUCAAAUAACACGCUCUCUGCGCUGAAUGAAGACAGUUUUGUGGGAUUAUUCAACCUUAAGUACCUUCGUCUGAGUAACUGUAGUCUGCGUAGCGGCGUCAUCCACCAGAAGGUCUUCAAUUUCUCCAGCUUGGUGGAACUGGACCUCUCUUACAACAAACUAAAAACAGUUCCCACAGUCCCCACCACCCUGAGGUACCUCUACCUGGAGGCCAAUGAAAUACAAGAGUUCAACGUGACCAGUUUCUGCAGAGAGGUGGGACCUCUUUCCUACUCCAGGAUAAAGAUCCUACGAUUGGAUGGAAACAAAAUGUCCCACCAUCAGCUGCCAUCCGACUGGGUUUUCUGCCUGCGAGUGCUUGAAAGUAUUUACAUUUGAUCCACCUUCUCAACAUGCAACCGAAUGAGUUACUGUAUGAAAUUGGCCUGAUUCAUCUAUAAAGAAAUGUGACUUUUUUUAUCAACUAAGGCUUACAGCUAAACCAGAGAAGAAUUGUGUCUUCAAGAUGUAGAUACACACCCAGGCACUGAAGGGAAAACCUUCCAACGAUGCCAAAGCCUGGACUUGUAUACUAAACCAGUGUUACAUUAUUUUAUCAUACUGCCAAAUGUCAUGAGCAAAACAUUACCAAUGCCAUAAGAACAUUCCCAUGGGUUUCUCUCUCUCUCCCAUUAUAUAUUUUCAAAGUUUUGUUUCAGCACUGCAGGCUCGAACAUCUGUGUGUUAUUACCAAAUAGGAACUGUGACAAACUCUCUCGUUUCUGACUGUGCGGAAUAAUAUGCUGUGGUUAAACUGAGCUGUGUUACUGUGUGAGGAGAAAGGGAAACAUGUAUGAAUGUCAAUAUGCAGUAGCUGUCCCACAGGACAAUCUGACUCAGUUAGCUAGAGAGUGUUAAACAGCCACACCCAUACUUUACAAAAUCUUUCAAAACCUCUUGCAAAUAUGGUUAAAUUCAACUUUGAUUUUAAAGCUUAUUUCCACUAUCCAAAAAUGUAAAAUUGGUUUGCACAACAAACAUAAUGUACAUUUUCGUGUGUUUGCUGCAGCAAUAAUUAACUUUACAUUGAUGCAAUGAUUCACAUCAUACUUGUUUUUAUUCAAUUUAAAAUAUUUUGGUUUUAAUUCAGUUUAGAUGGUUGCCAUCACUUUUGGGUUAACUUGUAUAAUGUAUGCCUGAAGCUAAUCGUCAAUGUGUCUUAGUUAAAAAAUAUUUGUAUCUUGUGUGCCAUUGAAAAAGAGUCAUGUGUGAUUCUCUGCACUCAUUUUGAAGUGGUUUUUUAUUUAUACUUAUCCUGUACAUCUUGUGACAUCUUUGGUCCAUCGACCAUUUAUUAAAUGACAACUUUGUUUAACAUACUAAUCUUAGUCUUAGAUAAAAUAAUCAAACAUAAUACAAGUGUGUAUCAGCUUACGAGAGUGAAAUCAUUUGAAACGUUCUAAAACUGACUAUAAAGACACAAAAAAGGACA